AUGUUCAAGCCAUUCAAAGAAGGGCAAGGAGGAAGAAGCGGUAGUGCCAGAAGAGGAUGCAGAAUUGCCAAAUACAAUUUUGCAAGAAGUAAUCUCUUUGAGGAGCCGUCGUGUUGCAAAGAUGCUGACAAAUAUAAGAAAAAAAAGACAUUCAGCUCAAUUCUCUCAGCCAUGCAACUUCCUUACACGAUCUGGAGUAUCAAUUCAAGAUAUUUGAAACCUGAGAUUGUAUCAAUCGGUCCUCUCCAUAGCAAGAAAAGCAACCAUCUGCUUCAGUUCGAAGAACUCAGAUGGUUCUUUGUUGAGAAGUUCCUUCACCGGUGUGAGGCAGAAAACAGAGACCUGGUCCACCUUCUACAAAUGAAAGGUUUAGAAGCUCGUACCAGAGAUUUUUACUCUUAUCAUCAGCAGAUCUCUGAUAUGCCAAGUCAAGACUUGCUUGAGAUAAUGUUGCUUGAUGGAUCCUUUCUCAUUGAGCUCUUGGAAGUUCUUAAACUUGAGAACCAACUUCCUUUGUUCGUUCUCACGUCAUUGUCUGGUCAACCUGACACAGAAUUUAUUAAGCUUGCCUUAGAAUUCUUCAAUCUGUCCUGGACAGGACCCGGAAUGACAUUGCCGUCCGAACUGCCUGAUUGUAGUCAUCUACUGGAAUUAUUUUACUGGAGUUCAGUUAAACCGCUCUCAGUCAACCAUUGCGACGAACAGACGUAUGCAUCGACACAUUCCAUGCAAUGUGUAACGGAAGUGAAGCUAUCAGGAAUCGAGUUCAAGCAAAGACAAGCAGCUGAUACCUUUCUGGAUAUUAAAUACAAGAACCGAGUUCUCCAAAUUCCAGCUAUUACAUUCAACGAAAUAAUGAAUGCUGUGCUCACAAAUUGUGUAGCCUUGGAACAGUCCCGAGAAUGCCACAUAAAGUAUUUCUGUAACUACGUCUCUUUCUUUUCUUGUCUCAUCAGCCAACCAGAAGACGUCUCAUCCCUUUCUUUAGAUGGAAUCAUCUCAAAAUUUUCCAACGAUGACCAAGCCGUUGCAUCUUUCAUCAAUGAUCUUAUAAGAAAUAUGGGGUGUGUCAGAUACAGUUAUCUUUCAGAUGGAAUCAAGAAUGUUAGGGCCUAUUACAAUAGCGACUGGGCAAGUUUAAUGCGCAAUUAUUUCGUUACUAAAUAG